GGCAGCAUUUGUCAAUAUAUUCAUACUGUUCACCUACUGCAAUUGCUAUUUUGACAUUGCCACAAACUAUUCAGUCAACACUGUAUCUGACGCCCAUGGAAUUGCAAUGAUGAAUACCACUUACAUCGAAGGUGAUGAUCCAUCAGGACAUGACAAUGGUGACAUGCACCCAAUUCUUGGCAAUUACCAUCUCCCUGUGGAGAUAGAAAAUUCGCGGAAGCAAUCAGGAAUGCAUAAUCUCUCUCGAGAAGGUUGGGGUGAAGAGAAGUGUCGUAAUUAUUUAAUCCGACUUUGUUCAGAUGUGCCCAGAAAUUUUCCAUAUAAGGAUGGAUUGCGCAUAUUGCAUCCUCGACUUCAAGAGAGAUUUGGCGAUGAGAAUGUUGACUUGGCCCUGGGAGUCUUGGAGGAACUGAUCGAAGUGGAAGAGCCGCCGCCAUUUCCAGCUUCUGUUUUCCAAAGAUGGAAGCAUGAACAUCUUCGUAGAAAGGAAGACUUCACAAAUCCACAUGCUCCGCACACAGCAACAAUACAAGCACCAGUCGUGCCUACCAAAGCACUUGUUGCGUACAGAGAAGAGCAGGCACGAAGACAAUUCGCUCAGCCACAAAUAAGUCCUAGUGCUAUCCCAUACUGCGAGUCGUGCAACUCGAAUAUUGCGCACCAGCCUAGUUGGAAGAUUGACCAUAGCGUAUUUGUCUCAGUAGGGGGAAAGCCGGCAACUUUGGCAUAUUGCCCAACACCCGAAGAGCUUCACAAGGGAAUGUGGGAUCCUGAAUAUGGCCGUGCGGGCGUUUGUGUGCGGCCGAAUACUGCUCAAACAAGUCCGCCUGGCUCGGCAAUGGAACCCAUUGGGACAACUGCACCAUCUUCGAAAUAUUCCACUCCUACUCGAUCUUUCAUGAAUAGUGCGAAGAGAGAGCUAGGGCACAGGGUGAUGAGUGCUCUCUCAGAGACCAGAGAAACUUUUAGCAACGUCGCUUCUGACCGAGUAGAGUUGUUAGAUAUCGAAAGGUGCGAGAAGAUUCCCCGCGAUAGGGUAUCUACCAGCUCCGAGACUUCCAGAAAGAUUAGCGGGCGAAGCGAAGUUCGCAAAGUCUCUAAGAUAAUGAACGUCAACCUACCACCAGGCCGCGAGAUCCCAAACGCCAAUUUUGCGAGAAAAAACGAAUUGAUUUUGAGCGGGCCGUCAAGUCUGGAUUAUCUUCUCAGUUCUCGUCAGCCCACUCUUGAUGAGGUUGUCAAUAAAAUGUUGGAAUCGAAGACAACAUGUCCUGCUAAAGCCACCUCAAACAUCGAUAUUAAUGCUACUUUAUCCAGUGAAGACGCCAACCCACUCCGUUCUUACUUGAGUACCUCCUAUAGCCUUCCAGCCAGUCCCAGUGAUUUCUUCGACGGCGGGCUUGACUAUAAGUGGGACACUCCAGACCCUGUUGAGAGCACAGAGAACGAAGUGUCCAAUACGUACUCCGUUCCAGGAGUUGAUGAAGCGCUAGAGUCAACUCGUCUCACACAGGGAGAUAGUCUCAACAUCACAGACGAUUUCCAGGUUGAGAAUGCAUACCAUGCGCAUACGACUGACUGUGUUGAAAACAUCAAGGCAAGCAAAUUCUCGAUCUUGGACAGCUAUAACACGAAUCUACUUGAAAACAAAGAACAAGAAGUGCUGUAUCCUACGGUUUAUGUCCCUCCUCCGAAGAGAGACAUUUUGAAGAUGAGAAACCCAGCAGUAACUUCAAAGAAUGCGGUUCCUCAGGAGAGUUCAGCGCCAAGCUCUGUGCCCUACCAAGAAGAGCAUGAACACGAAGAUCGCAAUAGCUACGAUGGUACAUGCCAGUCCUGGGAAUGCCGAUACAAACAAGAAUACCGAAAAUCUUCUGGGAAUCUUGUGAAGUGGAAUGAGCCAUCUUCGGAGUAUGAUGAAGAAUCUGAAGAGUCUGAAGAUUCUCGUCUAUCACCGGAUGUCUACAGUCCCCCAUCGUCCCUCGAUCCCCUUAACAGGUAUAAGCGCUUUCCACGCAGCACCAAACAACCUUCACGAAAAGCAAGUAACGUUUCGUCUAACUCUGGGGUCGAUUAUCUCGACAGUUACAACGCUGAAACUGCAACAGCCCAGAACAUGACGUUCCCAAAAGUGGAGAAUUUCGAAGCGACUGUCCCUGAAUUAUCCAAGUCGCAAUCAUCUACCUCACUAGGGGGGAUAGAUAUUGCACCACCAGGUCGAUUAUCUGAGCGUUCAUACCUUUCAAAAAUUCAGGUUUCGACAAGAGAUGAAUCUUCUGCCGCUUUUGGUGCACAAAAGGCGGACAGCCCAACAAGUUCAAUUCCCUUGACAACCGAGUUUCUGCUGAGUUUAAGUUCACAAACGACUGCAAACGAAUUCAACUUUGCGAAAAAACGCUUGAAUAAUUCAUAUUCCUUGGAAUCUUUGAACGAAUCGUCUUCAUCUAUAGUUGCGUUCGAACUAGUUCGAAAGCAAGACAUGAAUCUCGACGGUGCAGCCGAUGUCUGUUUACCAAAACAAAACAAGAGGGCCAAACAAGCGACUCGCGACAAUAGACCUAAUAACCACGCUGGCAGUUCACUUUACAAUGAGAACAAUAUAAGCGAUGCGGCGAAAAGAUUCUUGAUGGAACUCAAUCAAGGCCGUCUCCCUACCUUACAAUCCCCAACAAUUUGCCCUCCGCAACCUUUGUAUAUCUGCAAGCAGCCGAGUCAAGUUCAGAUUAAGCAAGAAAUUGAACCUAAAGAUAACAACUGCAACUUAGAGCAAACCCGAUAUCCGCCUCGCUCAUCUUCCAUUCCAAAACGUGAGUGUUUGGGAUUAAUUGAGCAGGCCACACCAUUUCUAGUCGACGAAGACAUUGCAGCCCGCAAGCCAAACAGUCGCAGCAUAAAGAAUUUCGACAUGUUAAAGGAUCAACCAAGCACGCCUGAUACUCCUGCUCGCUCAACUGUUUCUGAAAUCAAGCAAUACUACUUCUCUGACACUUCUGCCACUACCUCUGGUGGUUUGUUUGGCGAUUUUAUUCCGAUUGGAUCUCCCGGAUCUGUUUAUUCUCCUCAACCACAACAGCCAUUGCACUCGAUGCCUGCUUAUAGUUCUUCGUACGGCCGCAAGGCUGAAAAUUUCAGAAACCCAUACACGUUCGAGCCAGAGACCCCGCUGGUUAUGGACGAGUCGCGCCAGACCACAAUGACCGACUUCAUGCACAUUGAUGAUAAUGUCAGACCUGCCUCGUCACCAAGUCUCGGCCAUGUUAAAAACUCACGGUCGGUUGGCCAUGCCGCAAAUAGCAAGAAUCUUUUGGUGGCGCCCCACCACUCAAGUCAUGGUCAUGGCCAUGGUCUCCAACGUAGCGACACAUCCCCAAGCAUCACACCGUUGCAAUUUGCAGCACGCGAAGACUCUCCUGCUUCUGAUAAUCGAGCCUAUCAUGCCGGUGUCGAAUCUAUCUCACCAAUCCUUCAAAACGCUUUUCCCACUCGAAGUGUACCUAAUCGCGGUCGAGCUGCUACUGUUGAACUGUCUCGACUUCCUGUCGACAAAGGUGCCAGAGACCAGAUUCCACAGCCAUCAGGCUCACCGGCUUAUCAAGCUGCGCGGGAUUACCAACGAUCAUCGCGGUCCCCAGUUCGUAUGCCAUCUACCGAACAUUACAAGCAGUUUUCACGCUCAUUUGAUGAAGACGUACCGGAUGGCAGAGGUCGUUCUGCAACAUAUACCCCAGCCCGAAAGGAGGUAAAAUCAAAUGAAAGCAAUGAGUCUUACUCAAGCACUGCUUCGACUACAAUCAAUCGUCAGAUGACUCGAUCUCCCAUAAAGAAUUUGGUCGACGUAGCUGAAAAUGACGAGCCCGAUUUUCACGGCCAGGAUCUGCUUCCGAUUUCUCCCAAGAAGAGAUCGCGAUCGCCAAUGAAGAGAAUGUUUGGGGAGCAUGGCUGGCUUGGCUCAUCUGCAAAUGAGGCGUUACCCAGUGUUUUGAAUGCAAAAUCGACCCAGAAGGCGGAUAGACCCAAGAAGCCUGGAAUGAUGGAAAAGAUCAAAAAUAGAAUCGAGGGCUUCGCUGAAAAGGCCGACAUGAAAUUUGACAAGAAUAGAAUAUCAGUUUUGUCUAUCUCCAUCAAUCCGUAUGAGCAGGCCAGAUAUUUGGUUGAACUGGAACUUAUGAUAGUUCACACAGCCAAUACCUUUCUCAUGAUACAAUUCAGCCAAGGUCGCAUGUCUAUCGAUAGCAUCAAGAAGACUGUGGACACGUGGAAAAACAAGGGACGUCCUGCUGUAGUCGAAUUUAUGUAUGACCAAGGUACUCAGCGGGAUCUCGUCACUGCCAAUCAGUAUAACUUUCGAUUCCAUGGCAAUCGACUAGGUGAUUGUGUUCGCAUCUCAUCUAUGCUUUACAAUUGGAAACAGGUGGCAUCUCUCAUGUCUAUCCGCACCUUCUGCAAUGCAGAUACUGUUCUCUUGAAGCUGGUGUUUGAUGUAGAGCAGAUAUUAGAGCUCAUUGGUGGUUCAGAACAAAUUAUGUUUCGUCUCCAGCAUCUUCGACUGUCAAUCAACGAGGCGAUUCGCAUUGCCAAAGCUGAGAGGACUACUUCACGAAAUGGCCAUGAGAAGCAGCGGGAACCACAAUUGUCGUCAAGCAUUUUGCACAGUGAUCCAUAUGAAGGCAUGAAGCUCGUUCCGGAACCUUACGCCAAUUAGAUAAUUUGACCAAUCUGCACACGUGUAUGUGUUUUAUGUAUGUAUUUUCGCCGUCAUUCGACUGAUUUAUAUCGACUUUGAACUCACUCAAACCCA